AUGGAGCGCGGGGCGGCGGCGCUGAUCCAGGAGGGCUGGUUCCGGGAGACGUGCCGGCUGUGGCCGGGGCAGGCCAUGUCGCUGCAGGUGGAGGAGCUCCUCCACCACCAGCGCUCUCGCUACCAGGAGAUACUCGUCUUUCGCAGCACCACCUACGGCAACGUCCUGGUCCUGGACGGGGUGAUCCAGUGCACGGAGCGGGACGAAUUCUCCUACCAGGAAAUGAUCGCCAAUCUGCCCUUAUGCAGUCAUCCCAACCCCCGCAAGGUGCUGAUCAUUGGUGGCGGCGAUGGGGGAGUGCUGCGGGAGGUGGUGAAACACCCGACCGUGGAAUCCGUGGUGCAGUGCGAAAUCGAUGAGGAUGUGAUCCAGGUAUCUAAGAAGUACCUCCCAGGGAUGGCAGUAGGGUAUUCCAGUGCUAAGUUGACCUUGCACGUCGGAGAUGGUUUUGAGUUCAUGAAACAGAAUCAAGAAGCCUUUGAUGUGAUUAUCACAGAUUCAUCUGACCCCAUGGGUCCUGCAGAAAGCUUAUUCAAAGAAUCUUACUACCAGUUGAUGAAGACAGCCCUGCGAGAGGACGGGAUUCUUUGCUGCCAAGGUGAGUGCCAGUGGCUGCACCUGGAUCUCAUUAAGGAGAUGCGUCAGUUCUGCAAGUCUCUGUUCCCUGUGGUGGAAUACGCCUACUGCACCAUCCCCACAUACCCCAGCGGGCAGAUUGGCUUCAUGCUCUGCAGCAAGAACCCGAACACAAAUUUCCGGGAGCCUGUGCAGCAGCUCUCACAGCAACAGGUGGAGGAGAGGAAUCUGAAGUACUACAACUCUGACAUUCACAGGGCAGCUUUCAUUCUACCAGAAUUUGCACGGAAGGCCCUGAGCGAUGUGUGAGACUUGAGAAGCUGCUUCCUUCCUUCAAGUUGGACCCUGAGAUCGUCAGUGAUGUGGUUGGGACCU